GCGGAAAAGCCCCUCUUUUAGCAGGUCCCCGGCGCCUUCGGCUUUUGGCUGCCGUUUCCUCACGGGCCGUUCUUCCGUGCCUUCAAGAGCAACCUUUUCAGUGCAGCAGUGCUACCGCGGUGGGUGAUUUCGCACCCUCCCGGCAGGAUGGGGUCUGGCUCAUCCUCUCGGAAGUCUGGCACGCUUCGUGCUGUGAUCCCGCACCAUCCAGCCCUUCAGCAGCUAUGUGAAGAGCCUUUGCAGGCGUACUGGAGUAUUAUCAGUUUUUAUGGUUUGCUGUUGAGAAUACGCUUUGUAUGUAUUUUGGGAGUGUCUGGAUCCAAGCAGAAACUUCUCGGUUUAUUUAAGACGUGAUUCAGGAGGGUUCUGCUCAGCAUCUGAGAGGUGCCGGCACCUUCAGCACCCAUAGCCUUCAGCAUCCAGCCGGGUCAUUCCCUUUGGUCUGCAGUAGGAAAGGUUCAGGUCAUAAUGGCGCUAGCGAAUUUCAUAGGCUUCAUCUGUCUAGUUAUACCCUAUCACACUGUCAUCUCAAACUGGAUUACCCUUCAGUUAAAUUUGUUUAGAAUGUGCUGUAAAUUAUUGAACAAACCUAAAGUGACCACCUGGGACUUAAAUAAUUUAUGUGGAACUACACAUGUGUUUCUGCUGGUUUGGCUAUAUGCAUUUUUAAAAGCUGGAUUGUGUCUGGUUUAUGUAUAGCCUUGAUGUAUGCAGUUUGAUAUAGUGAAAUGCUUAAAUAAUCAUCUAAGUACUGCUGAGCUAUAGCUGAGCUGCUGGUGCCUGUGCUAACAGGAGUGGUUACAACACCCAAAGAGGAUGAAAGCAGAACCAGCCAACUCAUACUCAUGAUAAUUAUUGAUUUGACACAAUGUUGUGCAUACUGACUGCUGGUUGAAUCAGGUUGCUACUGUUCCUUUUACUUUUUUGUUUUCUGAUUUUUUUCCUGACUCUGUUUUUGAGGAUUCAGAUAGCACAAUGAGAGGCCCUGAUCGCAACAUCUUGAUUUUGUUGCAGCAAAUGUAAAAAUUAUGCCCAUGUUUUCUGGAAAGGCAGAUGGUUCACUUUCCUUGUAUUAUCAGAUAAUAUUUCUGCUUGCCUGGUUGCCCUCUCUCGUUUUCACGGUGGACCAGCUGCCAGUUGCCCUCACUGGGAUUAUCCCUCUAACUUGCAGCCUGGUCCUUUGUGCACACCUGAGGUGCUCUAGGGAAAUUUGGCUGAUGCUAAAAUAGUGAGCAAAUUAGAUAACAGUUUAAACAUCCUUGCUUCAGAGACACUUCAGCUGAGUUAAACUGUUCAUCUCGGUAUCCUAGUUGCUUAUUUUGGUAGUUUGGGAAUCACACAAACUUCCUAAAUUCACAUGGACAAUCCUUAUAAAACUUUGGGACUUGGGAUCUUUGCCUCUCCUUGCUCUUAAAGUUCAUCAAGACCUUUAUCUUCUCACCUAAUUAUUGUUGCUGAUACUUCUGGCUUGCAUUAUUUCCAUCUCCCAUCCAGAGUGCUGGUACUGAUGAUAUUUCCUGGCAUUGUGUGCUCUCUGUGUUAGCUCUCAAUAGGUGUCUCAGUUGUCUUUAUCUCUCAUUGUGUCGAUCUUGGGUUUCUCAUAAGGCGUUUUGCAGUUCUUUCUAUUCCAGUUCAUUAUUUUGUUUCUCACUGAAUGUUACCAUCUACUGUGUCUGCUUCCUAUGUACUUGCUUUUGUUCCCUUCCUCAUAGGUACUGUGGGCUUUCUGAGUUAAUGUUUAAAGCUGCAAACCCAUCUGUGCAUGAAGUUCCUCAAACAGAGCACGUUGCUGGCAUGAUAGUAACUGUAGUUACUAGAUAGUAACCAGCUGGCAUGCUGGUAACUGUAACCUGGAUGUUGUGACUAAGAUUUGAACACAAGAACAUGUAGUUUUGCAACUUUGUUUGCUUCCAUUCUUUUUUUGACCAUGGUUGUUGGUUAUGCUUUAUUUUGUGGGCUCCUUAGUAAAGGUAAUAUGUGCUGUGAUAAAAGAUUGGGAAAAAUAGUUCAAAUUUGACUGGAAUCUCUUGGUACUGUAAUGAUAAAAAGUAUUCUUUCCCUAUUGUUUUGAAUGCAGCGAGGCAAGAAGGUGACAAAGACUGCUUCCAAAGAAAACGCAGAGCAAGUUAUUUAUUGCUGAGUAACAUACUUGUAUCAGAUAUAGUUUAUAGUGGGGGAAAAAACUUGGCAGUGCCUUGAAAGAGUGUUGACUGCAAAUGUUUGACUACUGUAAAGAUGAUUUAAUUCUUUGAAAACCCCUCCCCUCUCUUUUGAAGUUGGUUUCUUUAUUGCCCUCUAAUCUCUUUGUCUUGCUUAGGACAGUGUGAUUAGAUGCUGUCUGUGUUUGGCCAGUCGAUAAUUUUCUAAUUAUCAUAACCAGGGUAUGGAACUUUCCUAAUAAAACUGAAUUGUAGAUAAAUAAGGUUUUAUCUUUAUGCCUGUGUGGUAGAGAUAGAGGAGUGAUACCGUCAUACUAUGGCUUUCUGAGGGCUUCUGAUUGAUGCCAAUUGGUAUGGAUUGAGCAGUCUCUGCAUGUGGGACUAUAGUCUGUACUUUAUCUGCAGCUGAGAUAGGAAAAAAAUGGUUGUGGAUGGAUCAAAUCCUCUUGAACUGAGCAAAGAUGAGCAAUGUAGGUUUGUACACGGUGUUCAUAGCUCUGGCCUCUCAGCUUGCUGGAGGCAGUUAUGCUCCUGAAGUUACAUGAGACCUCACUGAUUUCAGAGGGGUUUUGUUGAUGUGAGGUCUUAGGAGUAGGGCCUUGAGUUAGUGCAUCCUGGAAGCAGCUUUUGUAUCAGUUUGACACCUGCUAGGUGACACAUGACCUUGCCUUGAGUUGAGAAUAAAAUUAAUGUUGGUAAUGUGUGUGUUUGUCCUUCAGUGACCAAAUUCCUGUGAAAUACAGCUCCCCAAAUGGAUGGAUGCAAAUAGUCUUAGAAAAGGCACACCUUAAUCUAACAAGUUCUGUUCUCUGAGGCAAGACUGAGGCAGCGAGAGGGAGGUGCACGUAAGACACAGCAAUAAAGAACUAGAAGAAUAAAGAGAAGUUGGAUUGAUGAGAACUAUAAGAAAACGUACAACAGUUUGGAAUGGAUUGAUUUAUGAUACGUCUGAUACAUGAGGGCUACAUUUUGUGUCACUGUUGUCCAGCUGCUGUUGGAGUGCUUCAGCUGACUUCAUUGCAGCAAGCCCAGCAGAUAGGUCCUCAUCACUAACAGAACAUAAGCAAGUGUGAUGCUGAAAUGAGAUGAGGCUCCGAAAUGGAACUGUGGCCACCGUGUUAGUUUUCAUCACUACUUUCCUCAGUUUGUCCUGGUAUACUGCAUGGCAAAAUGGGAAAGAAAAGUUGAUUGCCUAUCAGCGGGAGUUUCACGCUUUGAAGGAACGUCUGCGCAUCGCCGAGCACCGCACUCUGCAGCGCUCUUCCGAGCUCAACGCCAUCCUGGAGCAGUUCAGGAGGGCCGUGGCAGAAACAAACAGCAGUAAGAAUGCAAUGAAUAAUUUUUCAGAUGAGACGCUGAAAUUGUUAAAAGAGCUAACAAGUAGAAAAUCUCUUCAAGUGCCAAAUAUCUAUUACCAUUUGCCUCAUUUGUUGAAAAAUGAAGGAAGCCUUCAACCUUCUGUGCAGGUUGGCCUUGGAAGGACAGGAGUGGAACCAAUAGCCAGACCAGCAACACUGGAAAAACAGACUGAAGAGCAGGGGGAGAAAAACUGCUCAAGGGCAAUUGCAGCUGGACAGAGGAGUGAGAACAUACAAGUUUCCAUUGUAAUGGGAAUACCUACAGUGAAAAGAAAAGUCAAGUCUUACCUUACAGAAACUCUCCACUCCCUUAUUGAUAAGCUGUCCCCUGAAGAAAAACUGGAUUGUGUUAUGGUUGUCUUUAUAGGAGAGACUGAUCUUGAUUAUGUUAACAGUGUUGUUGCAAGCCUGGAAAGAGAGUUUUCUACAGAGAUCAAUUCUGGCUUGGUGGAAGUAAUAGCCCCUCCUGCAACAUAUUAUCCUGACUUGACAAACUUGAAAGAAACAUUUGGAGACUCAAAGGAGAGAGUGAGAUGGAGAACAAAACAAAACUUGGAUUAUUGUUUUCUUAUGAUGUAUGCCCAGAAAAAGGGGGUUUAUUACAUUCAGCUUGAAGAUGACAUUGUUGUCAAGCAGAAUUAUUUCAGCACAAUAAAAAAUUUUGCGCUUCAGCUCGCUUCUGAAGAUUGGAUGAUUCUAGAAUUUUCUCAGCUGGGUUUCAUUGGUAAAAUGUUCCAGUCUCCAGAUAUCACUCUUAUUGUAGAGUUCAUAUUUAUGUUUUAUAAGGAGAAACCUAUUGAUUGGCUCCUGGACCAUAUCCUCUGGGUGAAAGUGUGUAACCCUGAGAAAGAUGCUAAACAUUGUGAUCGACAGAAAUCUAACCUACGGAUACGCUUCAGGCCUUCUCUUUUCCAGCAUGUUGGCCUCCACUCUUCUCUAGCAGGGAAGAUCCAGAAACUCACAGAUAAAGACUUCCUGAAACCAUUACUGCAUAAAAUCCACGUGAAUCCACCUGCAGAGGUUUCGACAUCUUUAAAAGUCUACCAGGGGCAUACGCUAGAAAAAACCUACGUAGGGGAAGAUUUUUUCUGGGCUGUCACACCAGUUGCUGGAGAUUAUAUUCUCUUUAAAUUUGACAAGCCAGUCAAUGUAGAAAGGUACUUGUUUCACAGUGGCAAUCCAGAGCAUCCUGGAGACAUACUUCUAAACACAACUGUAGAAGUUUUGCCUUUUCAGAGUGAAGAACUGGUAUUAAGCAAAGAAACCAAAGACAAACGCUUAGAGGAUGGUUACUUCAGGAUAGGGAAGUUUGAAAAUGGUGUAGCUGAAGGAACAGUUGACCCCAGCCUAAAUCCUAUUUCAUCAUUCCGGCUUUCAGUGAUACAAAAUUCAGCUGUUUGGGCAAUUUUGAACGAGAUUCAUAUUAAAAAGAUUACAAACUGAUCAUGGAAAUCUGCUUUAGAGGAAAAAGAAAGAAUCCUUGAAAAUUCUUCCUAUAAAAUCUGACAUCCUUAGAAAGUCACAAAUUGAAAAUACUGAGCAUGCACCUUAUUCCAAAUGUCAUUCUUUUUCACUUGAACUCUACCUCCUGUGAAAUCUACUGUAGAUGAGAAGAUUGUAUUUACCCCUUCUUAUCUGAUCCAUCCAGAAACUGAUGCUCCACACUGAUAAUGUCCGUCCGAGGCCCAAGUUGUCCUCCACUGUAAUGUGACUUUACCAUCUUAUGGUUGCAGAACCCUGUUACGCUUAACCUGUACUAUUUUGAUAGUAUAGUAAUAUAGAGUUGUACAUAUUGUUACAUUCCUUGAAGAAAAAAAAAAAUAUAAUUAUUGUUAAAUAAGUUUUAUGAAGGGGGUACUUUCGGAGUUCCAUUUAUUUUCUAUAUCAAGAACCCUCUUUUAUAGACUGUCAGGGAUAUAUAUUAAAAAAUGCUAGGGAUAUUUAAUUUAUUAAAAUAAUUUGAAAAGUACAUAUUUUUAUGCAGUAAAAUUUUAAAUUGAUAUAGUUUUUUUAUGAAUUCUCUAGUUUAAGUUAUCUUUCUACAUUUUUCUUUGGAGAUGCAAACAUAAAUUAAUACCAUAUUUCAAAUAUACUGCCAUGUUUAAAAAAACAAGAUUAAGUUUCUAAAUUAUGUAGUUUUAUACACAGAAUCUGAAUGAUGUUCAGAGGCAUAAACAGAGUUCUGAAGAGCAUUAUUCUUUGGGGCUUAUGAAAUUACACUAUGUACAGUUUGUAGCCACACAAAAAGCAUGUUGAGAUGUCUUGUUUCAUAUUAUGUACUAAAUCUGCAGUGAUUUUAGAUUGAAUCCAUUGCAUUUUAGAAGAAAUUUUUUUUUUUACUCCAAACCAGUUCUUUCUAAAAAUAUUUGUAAACAUUUCCUAGGCUGAACAAAUUCAUUUUCUGUACUGAAGAAAAUCAUUCUCCAGCUUUGCUUUGGAGUGACAAGAGGCUACCUUUUAUCACAAGAAUGAACAGUAGAUACAUUUGAUUUACAGUGGUCUCCUUUUAAAAAGUUCUGUUAUUGCAGUGUUUAUUUUAGAUACAUUAGUGAGUAGUUACAGUUUAUUUUCUUCUUUUGCUCAAAACAAGGUCUUAGCUUGACUCCUUUAUGGAUCAGUAUGGAAACUCGCACUAACCUUAUAGUGGGAACGGAAUUUGGCCUCAAGUUAGUACCCUGCCUUUUCAUUUCAAGGGAAACAGUGAUCUUAAAUGAAUCAGAAAUGCGGUCAGGAACAGAAAGUGGUCUGGAUUACAGUCAGAGUGGAACUGUCACAGUACUAAUGCUGCUGCUUUUCUUAAGAGUCCUACUUAGGUGCUUAUGUGUAAGGACUCAUGCAUGGGAAAAAUUCAGUUAGUCAGAAAUGGCCAGGAGAGAGGGAGGAAUUCCUCCCUUUAAUAGGAAUGAAGUGCCUGAUUGACAUUGGAGGGAGGCAUCCACACUGGCUUGGGUAUUCUCAGUUGUGCUGUGAACCAGCCUCCUGGAACUGACAUUUCAAAAGCUGGCCAGCUUUCCCUGUGGAAAAAAACACACUCUGCUACCCCCAACACAGAAUCAUAGAAUCACUUAAGUUGGAAAUGACCUUUAUUGUCUUUGUGAUCAGGGCAAGCCUGUUGCAGGUUCCCUGAUCUAGGGCAGAGGUCCUGAAUUUGUAUUUUCCCAAUAAAGUUCAGCUGAUAGAUUUGGGCUCCCUUUCCUGAUAGGUUUGUCCUUACAAACCUUUAGGCAGGAGCCUAAAGCUGCCUCUCUAGCACUGUAAGCCCUCACCACUGGAUUAUAGUGUCAACCUGUCUUCUGCCUUGUUGGAGAAUUGUGCCAUAGCUUUCACAAUUCAGCAAGAUUCAAGUUGAAGAACUUAACUACUCCUACAGACUGUUGUCAUUUUGAUUUAGCUAUGUUGUCUAGGGAAGACAAGAUUUGUACACAGAGGUAAGACCUUCAGUUUAGACUGAUUGGUGUAAGUUCAAGAAAAAUUAGAUACCAAGUGGACCUUGUUUACUUUUUCUGAUUGCAUCAGGUGGUGUAAAUAAAAUGUUACUUGGAAAGCUUGUGUUGCCCAUAGACACUGAGGGCAUAAGCUAAGCACUGGUCACACAAAUGAAGAUUAUUCUUGGGUUUAGGAAUGUGGGUGACUAGGCUCUGAAUCCUGUGUGACUCUAGCCUAUUGUGGUGCUACAGCCCUGUUUGUUUCCUGUAUAAUAAUGCCCUGCCAUCAAAUUACCAACAUGCAAUGGCUUUUUAUCACACGUCAGCUAGCAAAGGUCUGAGAAAGUAUUUAGGUUUUCUUCUCAGCUGUGUCUGAAUGAAUGAUGCAAGUUAAUUAAACUAGGGUUGUUUAUUAUAAUCCAGACUGCAGAAAUACAUUCAAUACUGCAGUUUCUUAAUUAGUUUUGCUGACAGUGACCUUUUCCAUUUUCUGUGAGUCCAGAAGUUUACUGGUACUAUUUAUGUAAGAAAGCUGUGUGCUUAUUCUCAAAGCAUCACUGUUCCUGACGUUUCACAGUAGUUAAGAUGAAUCAUUGCUAAUAUAUUUAAAUACAUAGAACCCAUACAGUGAUUGCAAGAUUGGUUAGUAGUAUAUUUAGUAUUCAAAAAUGUUGAGAAAAAAUUUAUCUGAGACAACAAAUUAAACUAGUGUGUGGUAAAAUGUGGGAUGCAUUUUUAUUACAUUGUAGUAGCAGGAGUUGAAAAUACUCUGGGCUGCUUGAAUACUUUCAAUGUUCCUGAGCAUAUAUGCUCUCUAGAUAAAUGUGCCACAUUAAUACAAAUUAUAUUUCAUAGAUCCAGGUAAAUUCAGAACUGGUGUUAUCAGGUAGAUUAUUUCUGCAGACAACUAUUUUGGGCUUUGUACCUUUAAAUUCCAAUCCCUAAGUCAGGCUAAAGUGGUGCAAGUCUCCUUCCUGGAAGUAUGGUGAAGUUAGAACACCUGGGCUGUUUGGCUUACCAGCCUUUAGCUUGGGUACCCUUUGGGACUGUGUCUACACCAGUGGGCAGGUAUCUCCUGCACAUCUCCAUUGUAAGAACAGUAUUACCAUAAGAGAUCUUAAACAGCAUCUUAAACCUAUUACCUGUUUUGAGAGAGUUUUUUCCUUCAUGCAUUCAAUUUCAAGUUACUUUUGUUGUGACCUUAAAAAUCCCCUCAAGGCUGCUGAAUCUUAAGAGAUAUCCAAUAAUGGAAAGUGUUUUAAAAAAACCUGCACUAUCCUAUGCUCCUGUUAGUUCCUGAAGCUGUUAAAGCUUCAGAAGAGCAAACUUUUGUGAAACCAAAGGCAUAGCCAGAAAUCUUCAUUAGCUCGGCAAAUGAACUUAUACUGGAUGCCAAACAGACUGGCUGAUGUGAACAUUUGCUUUUCUGAGCUGAUAAGGAAUACUUAGGACCAAGGAAACACAAGACUGUCAGUAUAAUCUUGCUUUGCUCAUUCAGUGGGUCAUCCUACUGAAAACUUUGUAAAUAAUGUGAACAGGAUGUGAAAAUUAGAGUGUUUCUAAAGCACUGUAUAAGGCUUUGAGCUUUGGCAGGCAUCUCAACCGUGUGUUUUCACUGAUGGAAAAAAUUCCUAUGGAUAUAUUCAUUUUUUCUGUACUUAAAGAUGGCUUAGAAAAAUUCAGAUAGAUGUGAUUCAUGGACCAAGAAAAGACUGGAGUCUUCUGUCAUAUCACUGCUUGUCUAGAUGUUUCAAAGCAGUUUUUAAAUACCUUGAGUCAGUUUAGAGCAAAGCAAUUUAUACUUUGCCUGUGUGAAACACAGUUCCGUGAAUGAGCUGAAGUGUGAUUAGUCUUUGGAAAAAUUUGGAAACUGUGUACCAGUUUCCUUAUUUUAUUUUUUCCCAGAUAUAAUUUCAGUAAUCUUUGUAUUUUGUUGGAAGUACUUGCUCCAGAUGAAGUAUCAUAGUACUUUGUAGUUCACCUCCAACUUGGAGUAUUCUUUUAGUCUCAUGGUGGUAAAAGAAAAAUGAAAUCUUCUCAAACCUUGCCUCCCCUAAAAUGCAUGAACCCAAGGUUCUAUCUUUGUUCUUACUAGGAAUGGUGUAUUAUGAAAAAGUUAGUAACAUCACAUAAGUAACUCCAGCUAGAAAGGGGGGAAAAAAAAGUCAUUGUGUUUUUAAAUCAUCUUUACAAUCACCAGCAUAAGGCUAAAAAGCUAUUAAACAACUGGUGUUUUCAGGCUAGCAUUGAUUGCUGAUGUAAAACACAGCCCAUGGAGACCUGGUGAAUUAGUACUUGAGUGUCACCUUCCUGACCUUAGUGGUCUCUGAAGGGUUUUGCUAAGUUCUGCUGUAAACAGUGAACUGCUGGAAGUUAAAGUAGCUUAAUUUUGAGAAUGAUGAAGCCUUCUUUCAAGGGAAAAAAAUGUUGAUCUCUCUAAAGGGAAGGUAAACAGGCCCCGUGUCCUUCAAUGGUAUCACACCACAGGGCACUAAAUGUAAAGUAUUUUACUGUUGAACUGAAGUGGAUGAUCAGUGAUGCUAGGAUUCCUGUUAGGGAAAAGUUGUACAGUUAGGCUGCAGCUGCCUGCAGGACGGGAGCUUGUGCUGUUAGCCAGGGAGGGACAGAUCCUGACUGGAAUCCUGCACUUUCCAAGGAUCAGUAGUUCAGUGCUUUCCUUGUUUAAAGGAGAAUGUUGCUCAGCAUCUGCUGAGAGGGAAACGUGAAUCUCUUCAAGCCUUAACAGUGGCUGAAACACAAAGUACUGUAAGAUGCACUGCCAGCAUAUUUGGUAUUUUAAGAUAAAUUAUAGUUUUACCUUAGAGAUCAAAUUCUAGUAUUGAAAUUGUCUUACUGUAACCAGUUUACUUUUGUGUUGUUUUGGAAACUGAAUCCUAGUGCUCAUGUUUCAUGCUGAACACUGCAUUGGAAAACUGUCAUCUUCACUUUCCAUAAGGUAUUGUUUGUGAUGGUCAGUUUUACUUCUGCCUUGUGGACUUCGCAGCUGCAGGCAUUGCCAUAAGCCCAACCCUGUAGCCAAACCAACUUGUACUUUCCUUCCAUGUUCAUUGACCUGCCACUCAGAACGGUGGAUGUAGUAAUACCCACUGGACUGCUAGAGAUUGGGUUUAAAACUUGCUGCUAUCUUUGGAAACCUGAUAUGGGUCAUGUUAAUUGUGCCUUUCAUCACUGUUACUUCUGUGUGCCAGAGUUGUCCAUGUAUAUUUGAAGUAGUCACUAAAGUAAAUCUGUUCUCAAAACCUUUCAUACAAGGAGAGGACAGAUCUGUAUCUAGAGACAGUUGUUGCUUUAGCAUCGCAACACUAUUAAGAUCUGUAUUUUCACACAGUCCCAAGGCAAGGUAUUCCAAUAUUACUCUUCAAGAAAACUGCUUUUUGGUGUCACUUAAACCCCUCAUAAUGUAGAGCUUAUGCCAGUCUGUGCAAAGUAUCUGCAGUAAGAGUUAUCCUACAUAGACUUGUUGCAGUUAAAUUUAAGCUACGGAAAUGUACAAGUAACUUGUUUUUAGGAAUGUACUGCAAAAGUAUUUGAAAAAAAUUGCUAACAUGUUUACUGUUGUAAAUAUUUUAAUAAAAAAAAGGACACUUCAAACUUUUUUACACAAUUAUCUACAAUAAAGAAAAAUUUACAACCAUUUACAAA